AUGUCAAUUCUGCCGAUUGGAGACCUGUCCAGUGCUAUUAACGCAAGCUUCCUCACGCCUAUCUUCGUGACUGAGUCAGAAACAGCGUCAGCCGUCGAGACUUCGCCUCCGUUCCCUGUCUUCAAUUCCACUACAGGUUACGGUGGCCCUGUUCCCACCGCUGCAAACAUCACAGGAUGGUUCAGCACCAACCCGCUUGUCACUGGCGUCCCAGCACCCGUGAACUCCAGCCUGCCCUCAGGAACUGGAAUCGCGCUUCCUAUUGAGACAACUCUUCCUAUUAUCAACGUGACGAUUCCUCUGAUCAACAUCACGGUGCCUCUCAUCAACAUCACUGAGACCGUCGUCGAGAACGCCACCUCAACCACUGUUGUCGUUAUCACUGAGACCGUGUCUCCCGUCCCCAUUGUUGGCACUGGCACCGCGCCUUCAGUUUCUGCUGGAACUGGUGUCCCCAUCGUCAUUAUCGGCACACCUCUCUGGCCCAAUGCAACUUACGGCGAACCCACCGCCGUCGUUGCGCCUGUUGGAACUGGAUCCAGCGCUCCUCUUGGAACCGCCAUCUCUGCUCUUCUCGGAACUGGCGCUACUGCCGUUCUUCCUAUCCAGACUGCGGUCUCCUACGGAACUGGUAUCCCCUAUGGCACCGGUUAUGGAACUGGAUACGGCACCGGUGCUACUUACGGCACUGGCUCCAUCGCCGUGGCUCCUCUCGCGACUGGCACUGGCAGCCUCCCAGUUGGUACCGAUCUCCCCAUCGCCGCCAGCCCGUUGUACCCCAACAGCACAUACCCCAGCGGAGCCAGUGGCGCCGUGUACCCUUCAGCUCCCCUCCUGGUGACCGCUGUCCCUCUGCCCAGCCCCAUCAACGUCACCUUCCCCGAGGGGACUCCCAUCGCGCUGCCCAGCCCAAUCAACGUCACCUUCCCCGAGGUAACUCCUAUUGCUCUGCCCAGCCCCAUCAACGUCACCUACCCUGACGCCAAUGUGUCCACCGCUGCUGAAGCCAUUGAGGGAAGCGUUACCUUCGUGCCCAUCACCGUCACCGGUGUCCCGGGAAGCAGCGUCGCUGUCACUGUUGCUAUCCCCGCUGCGCCUUAUGCCAACGUCACCGCCGUUGAGAGCGCUGCCCUUCCCUUCGAGACUACCGAAGCGCCUGUUUCCGUCGGAACUGGACUCCCAGUCUCUUCCUACGCAUCUGACGUCGCGGCACCGUACGCCAACACCACCUCGAUCGUCACCGAGACCGAGACCGCCACCCCAAUCGUGAUCCUCCCCAUCGCGACGCCAGAGGUCGUUGAUGCUGGUACGUUGAGCGUGUUUAUUCCCUUGCCCACUGGAGGAUACGGCCGUUAA